CACAGUCAACGAGAAGUUGCUAGGGGAUGUAAGAGAAUCGUCGACAUGGAUGGCGUGACAACGUCUCUGACUCAUCCGACAGACCUGGCCGACCGUAAGAAUUUCUCAUUCGAUCAUUCCUAUUGGUCGUUCGACGGAUUCAGUGAAGACCGGACUAGCGGCAGGAACGUUGCCGAUCCUAGUCAUCCUAGAGGCCAUCAGUACUGCGACCAGGAGCGUUUGUUUGGCGAUUUGGGACGGGUAAUGCUGGCCGACACUUUUGAAGGUUACAACACCACUUUGUUUUCGUAUGGGCAGACGGGAUCUGGGAAAUCCUACUCGGUUAUUGGGUACGGCUCCAAUGAAGGUAUUAUUCCACAGUUCUGCCACGAGAUUUUCCGUGCCAUCGAUGAAAACUCGUAUACUUCGCCUGUUGAUCCUAUUCAAUUUGAAGUCCAUCUCUCUAUGCUGGAAAUUUACAAUGAAAAUGUGUACGACUUACUCACACCAUCGAAAACCGAUAGGGGACUGAAAGUGCGUGAACAUCCCAAAAAAGGAUUUUAUGCUGAUGGGCUCUCGAAUUUCGUGGUGACCAGUUAUGCAGACAUAGAACGGCUAAUAAAACACGGCACGCUCAACCGUACUGUGGUAGCGACAAACAUGAAUGCUACCAGCAGCCGAUCGCACACCAUCGUUUCCAUUGGCCUCGACCAGAAAAGAACGACUCAAAUUGGCGAGGUUACUAUUACAUCCGUCGUCAACAUUGUUGAUUUAGCCGGAAGCGAGAGGGUUAGCAAAGCUGGGACUGGAAACACGAGCGGGGAACGUUUCAGAGAGGGUGUGGCCAUUAACCAGUCACUUCAAUGUCUUGGCCAUUGCAUUCACGCUCUAGCGGAAUCGUCGUCGGCGUCAUCAUCUAAUUUUCCAAUGAAUAGCCACAGCAAGAACCAACGAAUCCCUUUUCGCGAUUCUGUGCUCACAAAGUUGCUGAUGAACGCUUUGGGAGGUAACAGCAAAACUAUCAUGGUGGCAUCGAUUAGUCCCGCUGAUAUUCAUUAUGAGGAGACGUUGUCAACGUUACGCUACGCUGAUCGAGCCAAGCAAAUUCGAACGCGGGCUACUGUCAAUGAGAAACCAAUCGAAAAAAUAGUUCGUGAGCUGAAAGGAGAAAACCAGCGCAUAAAAGCUGCAUUGACACGCGGUAAUAUUGAUCCUCAGUGGGUAAAAACUGUGGUAAAUGGUCGACAGAGCAAUCCCAAAACUCUGAAAGAUACGAAAAAGAAGUGGGAAGACGAACUUCGAGCUCAAGUAACGGAGAAUGAACGUGAAAUACAACGUAUUCGAUCACCGAAACCAAAGGAAUUACCAAAAGCAGAUGAAGUCGUGACUGAUAUGUUGUUCGAAAGUAAACGAAAUCACGAAGGUGGCGGACCAUAUUUACAAAAUGUCAACAUGGAUCCUUUAUUGGACGGACGAUGGAUACAUUAUCUCAAACGAGGCACUACUUUAAUCGGAAAAGCGCAGCCCAGCAUAUCGGGUAUCGAAAUGAUCGGCCCGGGGAUGCAGCAGAAUCACGCAGAAAUAUCAUUCCACGAGAACAAUGACGUGACUCUUCGCUCGUUGACGGAAAAUGGACGAGUUUUGGUUAACGGUGUACCAAUCAAACCGCGGGUCGAAACGGUUCUGCAGCCCAACGAUCGGCUGGUUUUCGGUGCCACGCAAAUGUGGCUAUUCCGGAAUCCAGCACUGGUGGACCAAGCGGGUGUCUCUGACAGUCCAAUGAUAAAUUAUGAUUUCAUUUUACAUGAAAUGGCAACCAAAUCAGGGCUGGAUAUCCUUUCCAGUUCCUCGGACGGUAAAGACUCACUACAGGAAGAGCUCGUGGCCGUAUUGCCGUCGGUUGAAGAGGCUAAUGAGAUCAGCGCUGAACUGAACAAGCCAGUCAAGUUUGAGAUUGUUCUUGUCGCACCACAAAUCUACAAUAAUCCAGCCGAAAAAAUGGUUCCUAGUCAAGUGUACGUCAAGAUGAAGAACUUGGACCACGGAACUGAAUACAUUUGGUCCAAAGAGAAAUUUUUCACGCGUUUUGAUUUCAUGCGAGAACUCUACAGGCAUCACCAAAUGGAAAUCAAUGGAGAAGAAGAAGACGGCAGAGAAAUCAGGAUAACAGACGAUCGUGAUCCAUUUUCUGAAUCAUCUGAUGCUGUCGUAAUAAUAGGGAUGACAAGAAUAGUUCUGCGAUCGCUUGCCUAUUUGGUGGAGAUGCAGGAUCACGUUCCCAUCACUGAUUUACGCGGCAUUAAGAUCGGAGUAAUGAAAAUUGCGCUGGUUCCUUGCGCCGAUAGUUUGGGUCAUCAACUUCAAGAGGACGAUUUGGUCGAUUCAUCAGACCAAUUGAUCGGAAAAAAUCUUUUCUUUAAAUUCCACAUUAUUGGUUGUCGCAACCUACCUCCUAAAUUUAGAGAUCUUCACUGCAAGUACAGAUUUUACGGCGACAAAGAUGACAGUAAGACAAAGAUGUAUCCUUACUCGUCUAAUUUACAAUUCAACCACAGUCGGAUCUUGAGCUACGAACCAGUAACGAGAGAGUUCGUAGAUUACCUGAAUCACGGGUCGGUAGUAGUAGAAGUCCUUGGGAGACACAUCAUUGAGCAGAAUCAUUCUUUUAAUAAUUCCUAUCCUACACCUCACCUCGUGGAUAGUAGAGAAUUCCUCCACGAAGAAGAUCAAGGAGUCUUGUCAAGGACGGGCGAAAUAAUGGCACAGAAGCCCUCCAUAAACAAUUUCGAAUUAAGUGCAUUCAAAUCAGUGGACGGAAGAAAACAGGAAUUGCUAGCCGAACUGCAACUAGUGAAACGCACACACGUGAGACUUCAACAGCGAUUGGAUUUCAUCCGCCAGAUGACCGACCGUUGUCUUCUCACCGGGCAGGAAAGCAUUCCAACGGCGUUGCUGGAUGCGAUGCUUAACGCCAACGGAUCGGAACAGGCUCGACGCAUCGUUCAACAACUAGAAACCGGAGAAGAUGGUGACGAAUGGGUGGACUGGAGCGUAACGAAUCAACAAAAAGAACACAGAAGCAGCGUUUGCGUCAUAUCAUAAAACAAAAUGAACACAAUUGCUGCCCACCCAUAUACAUAGACUA